AAGUAAUGGUCCAGCUCACUUUCACGAACUGGCUCUCCGAGCAGUGGGCACGCCUUCCGCCGCCGCUCGAAGCUGACCUUACAGGCAAGACUGUUGUCGUCACAGGGUCCAAUACUGGAAUUGGGCUAGAGGCUGCUAAGCACUUUGCGCGGAUGAAGCCGGCGCGGCUUGUCGUGGCAUGCAGGAGCGAAGAGAAGGGCAAGGCUGCGCUUGAGCAUAUCGCUGAGAAGACGGGCUACGCCGCAGAGCUGCAGCUAGUUGAUUUUGCGAGUUUUGCGUCCGUGAACGCCUUCGCGGCGAGGCUCAAGGACGACCCGGUGGACAUCCUGGUCGCCAACGCCGCCAUCGCGGAGGCGGAAUUCUCGUUGACAAAGGAUGGUUGGGAACGGGCGCUGCAGGUCAAUUACCUCUCGACUGCGCUACUCUCGUUCCUCCUCCUGCCGAACUUGGUUAAGGCUGCACAUGAACACAAGAGUCACUCCCGACUGGUACUCGUCACAAGCGAGUUGCAUUUCUUGACACACUUCGGGGACGAGCUCAAGUCCGCACCGAAGGGUAUCCUCCGCACGCUAAAUGACCCGGAGUAUUGCACACCAGAACGCUUCACCGCGCGCUAUCAAGAGACCAAGAUACUUGUUAUCAUGUUCGUGCGCGCGCUCGCUGAGCGCCUCGGUGCCUCGAUGCCUGUCGUGCCAAACAGCGUAAACCCAGGCUUCUGCUAUACAGGGCUACGAAAAAACCUGUGGCUCUCGCAGCAACUGCUUAUGGCACUUGUGGACGUCACGGUUGGGCGGAGUGCGGAGCAGGGCGCGCGCCAGCUCCUGCAUGCUGCGCUCGGGCCCGAUGGCAAGGAAGACGCGCACGUUGAGUAUAUGCGUGGCGCAUAUGUGAGCUGUCAUGCUGUGCGCGAGCCUAGCGACUUUGUGAUCAGCAAGGAUGGGGCACGAGGUGCAGGAUAG